AUGAACGGAAUAGUUGCGGCACUGGAAGAAAUGCCGCCGGUGACACGGUUCUACACCGGAGCAUGUGUUCUUCUCACUACCGCCGUGCAUCUCGAGUUCGUGACUCCCUUUCAUUUAUACUUCAAUUGGGAGCUCAUCGUUCGAAAAUAUCAAUUCUGGCGUCUGAUCACAUCAUUCUGUUUCUUCGGAUCAUUUGGAUUCUCAUUUCUCUUCAAUAUGAUAUUCACUUAUCGUUAUUGUAUGAUGUUGGAAGAGGGGUCGUUCCGUGGAAGACGUGCCGAUUUCGUCUACAUGUUCUUGUUUGGCGCCGUUCUGAUGGUUAGUAACGUUGAAAUCCUUCCUAUCAGGAAUGGAAUUAGGAGAAAUAAUCCUAAACAUUGUUUCCAGAUUCUCUCUGGAAUUUUUGUUCAAAUCUUGUUUCUCGGCCAAGCCUUCACCAUCAUGCUGUCUAUAUCUGGAGUCGUCGAAAUCCGAAUAUUCAAAUGA